GGUCUUUUCCCUUUAACUCCCCUGUACUAUUCAUUUUAAAAGAGAAAUAACUGUAAACGCUCUUCUUUUACCAUGGCGUCCGACAAAGACACGCUAAUUGAAUUUGGCUUCCCGCCCGUACGCAUCGACAAGGCGCUGAAGGCUACGCAAGGCAAGGGCUUGCAGGCAGCGCUAGACUGGCUGGACUCCCAUCAGAACGACGCUGGCAUCGAUGACCCCAUUGAAGAGGCACCAGCACAGACUGUCGAUUCCACGGACACCGAAGAAGCCCCGGCUGCUUCGGCGCCUGCGCAGUCACUCGUGUGCAACGAGUGCGGCAAGCAGUUUUCGUCGCAUGACAAGGCGUCCUACCACGCCGAUUUUUCCGAGUCAACGGAGGCAGUGAAGCCGCUGACCGAGGAGGAGAAGGCGGCGAGGCUUGCCGAGAUCCAGGAUAAGAUUGCGGCAAAGCGCAAGGCGCAGGCGGACAAGGACAAGGAGGAGCAGCGGCGGAACGAGAUGAUCAGACGGAAGGCUGGCCAGGAAGAGCAGGAUAUCCGGGAGAAGCUGCAGACGCAGGAGCAGCUGAAGGCAAUUGCAAAGCAGCGGCAGGAGAAGGAGCUGGACAAGCUGGCGCGCCAGAGGGUCAAGGAGCAGAUUGAGAGCGACCGCAAGGAGCGCGAGGCGAGGAGGCGGCGGGACUCUGCGCAGGAUGCGGCCAAGCAGCAGCAGCAGCAGAAGCCAUCAAUGCUGCAGGCGGGCGUGCCGAAGGUUGCAGCUGGCAGCCAGGCAAGGCUGCAGAUUAGGCCGAUGUCGAAGGGGCUCGGAGACAUUGGCCACAUUACGCAUGUUUUCGAGUCCUCGCAGACGCUGGCGGAUGUGACGGGUGUAAAGCACUUCAAGCUGGCAAUGACGUUCCCGCGCAAGGAGUUUGGCGAGAAGCACCAGACCAAGACGCUGGCGGAGCUGGGGCUGGCGCCGAGCGCUGCGCUGGCCAUGACUGAGUAGUGUGGAGCUGCCCCCUGUCCUUUUCCUGGGUCGCCUGAAGGCUCUACUACCUGGAACCAUGGCUGCUACCACCCAAACCUCAGCACGCCCUAUCGUCAGAUAUGCCAAGAAACACAAAAGAUAUUUAUGAGGUGUUAAGCAAAAAGAAUGGAAGGAACUAAGAAUGGAAGG